AUGGUCCGAUUCCCAUUAGAACGCUCCUCAAACGGCAAACCUACACCGAAGAAGAAGAAGUGGGUCUGGAGAAAAAUAGAAACCUUUUCAAUAAUUUUAUCGAAUUUUCCCGCUUCAGUGACGGACGAGGAAACGAACGAGGCCCCGUAUGUGGUGGAGAAAGUGCUGGAUCGACGCAUAACAGCGGCCGGAAAAAUCGAGUACUAUCUCAAGUGGAAGGGCUAUACCGAAGCGGACAAUACCUGGGAACCGGAGGAGAAUCUGGACUGCCCGGAGUUGAUUGCAAAGUACGAGGAAGUACGCCGACUGAAGGAGUUUAAGGAGGCCAAGAAGAAAUCGGCGAAAAAGAAGCUGGAGGAAAUCAGCAAACCGAGGGGGUAUGAUCGGGGUCUGCUGCUACAUCGGAUCGUCGGGGCCACGGAUUGUGGCGGGGAGCUGAUGUUUCUAGUUCAGUGGCACGGGGCGGAUGAGAUGGACAUUCUACCCGCCGCCGUUGUGAACGAGAAUGAUGCACAAAUUGUCAUCGAGUAUUAUGAAGCGAAGAGUAAGAUUGUGGAGAAAGCGAAGGAACGGGCAAAGUUUGCUGCGUAUGAAGAGGAACGCCCAGAGGUUUUGGAGGACAGCCAGGAGGCCAUACCAGGGACAGAGAUUCCAACUGCUGAAUUGGAACAAUUGAUAGAAGCUUAAGAAAAAUACAAUAAUUUGACAUUCUACAUAAAAUAAACGAUCUCCAAUGGCGGCAUUAGUCCGUCGGAUGGCAGUGAUAUGAUACAUA